ACUACUCACUUCCGCUGUAGUUUUGGUGCGCGUAGCGCGUAGAUUGCCUCCAUUUUGUCUUCUGAUUGAUUGGGCUGAGAUCUUUGAUGCCGAUUCAAGUUUUCGUCUAAAUUUUGUUGAUAUACAGUGAUGAAUGGCCAAUUCUCUUAAGUUUAAAUGAAGUUUUAACAAUUAACUUGUUAUAUUUAUCAUAAGCUAUGGUAAAUAUGUCUAGAUACGGGGAUUGCAAAGUUUAUGUUGGUGACCUGGGCAAUAAUGCAAGCAAACCAGAGCUUGAAGAUGCCUUCUCAUACUACGGUCCUUUGAGAAAUGUUUGGGUGGCGAGAAAUCCACCCGGCUUUGCGUUUGUGGAGUUUGAAGACCCUCGCGACGCUGAAGAUGCUAUUCGUGGGCUAGACGGAAGGACAAUAUGUGGACGUCGCGCGCGCGUUGAAAUGUCCAAUGGAAGCCGUGGCUAUGGAGGAAGAGGGCCACCUCCGCGCUCUCGUCUGCCUCCGCGGCCCUAUGACGACCGCUGCUAUGACUGUGGGGAUAGAGGACACUAUGCUCGUGACUGCACAAGACGCCGCCGGCGCAGGUUAUCAUUGGCCUGUGCGCCGAGAACGAACUCGUCAGUGUCUGCACUUCUUAUUGUCUGCGCUACGUAGCUUUCACUUCGCGGCGUGUACACCGAUAUUGUUGGCCGCUUCGGUAACUUCGCUCUUCGCGAACGACAUGCCUACGUGCACACUUCACUAGUCGAGAACUACAUUGAACAAAAAUGUUCAAUCGGCGCGUCGCACAUCUAAUGUAAUCACUGCGUGCACUCAGUGAGUUACACAUUAUUAUCCCGUUUUUGUGUACAAUGAAGACCUGCUAGAAUCAAAGUAUCAUUUAUUUUAUUAUGUAGUAGAUAUUCUAGUAUUUCCUUGGAGCUGUGGAAACAAGAAUUAACCAUAAACAAGGCCAGUGAAUGAACUGAUUGCCUGUAUGAUAUUAAUUUGUACCUGGGGUUAGUUUUGGUGGUUCUGCUGCUCCAAUGCAACACAUCAUUUCAUAAAGGGCCAUCAAGACUUCUAAAACACUAACAAUGAACAUUGGAAGCAAUUUAUUCUUUUUUUGCGUUUUUGUGAUUUGACUUAUGCAGCAGAAUCAGCCCCUAAACUAAAUAAGCUGACUCACCUUGAUCAGAAAAUUUAACCAAACCACAGAAUCUGGAUGACCUGCAAAAAGAAGCUGAAAAUGUUGCAUAUUCUGAAUGUUUUUAGUUCUGUAUUACUGCUAGUUGAUGUUGUGACUAUUACUCAUUUAUAAAUUGAGUUUUCAGAAAAGGCCAGCCUCUUAGACUUUAUUUUGAAAUAGUUGGUGAAUCUUCAUUGCAGACAUUUGACGACGAGUUUUAUUACAUCCGACAGUUUGACGUGGGUAACUGACGUGUCUAUUGGUAAUAUGGCAAUCGUAGUAACGUGUAUGGGUGUUGUGUUCGCAGCCGCUCGAGGUCCCGCCGCCGCUCCCGCUCCCGCUCGCCGCGCUCGGGCUCGCGCUCCCGCAGCCGCUCCCGUUCCCGCUCCCGCUCCAAGG